GCUCGCAUCAAGAAAUUCUAACCUGUCCUUUAAAGGAGUGUUUAAAAAAGUGUUAGCUCAUUGUGUGAAUAUCGUAGUUUCUUAUAUUAAUAUAAUUCACAAUGCCGCUGGAGAAUUUGGAAGAGGAAGGUUUGGAGAAGAAUCCGAAUCUGGAAUUGGCGCAAACUAAAUUCCUGUUGGGUCUCCGCGAACACAUGGAUGAUACCUUCUUAAAGACUAAACUCCUAGAUGCCAUCAAAGCCGAAAAUAUGGCUCCAUUCUAUGAAGAAGUUUGUAAGGACUUGAAUUGGCCAGUAGACGAAGCGCUUCUUGCAACAAUGAAAGCACAUAAUGCGGAGCAGUUGAAAAAACUUGAUGACGCUAUCGAAGAUGCUGAGAAAAAUCUAGGCGAGAUGGAAGUUCGAGAAGCCAACCUAAAGAAAUCUGAAUAUCUUUGUCGAAUAGGUGAUAAAGAAGGUGCAAUCUCAGCGUUUAGGAAAACGUAUGACAAGACAGUUUCAUUAGGGCAUAGAUUAGAUAUUGUAUUUCACAAUAUUAGGAUUGGCCUAUUCUACUUGGAUCACGAUCAUAUUACCAGAAAUAUUGAGAAAGCUAAAAGCUUGAUAGAAGAAGGUGGCGAUUGGGAUAGACGAAACCGUUUGAAAGUCUAUCAAGGAGUAUAUUGCAUAGCAGUUCGUAAUUUCAAGGAAGCUGCAAAUUUCUUCUUAGACACAAUCAGUACAUUUACCAGUUAUGAGCUCAUGGAUUAUAAUACAUUUGUAAGAUAUACAGUAUACUUAAGCAUGAUAAGUCUCCCGCGGAACGAAUUGAGAGACAAAAUCAUUAAAGGAUCUGAAAUAUUGGAGGUUCUCCACAGUAAUCCAGAUGUUAAAGAUUAUUUGUUCUCAUUGUAUAAUUGUCAUUAUGCGGAUUUCUUCAAAAAUCUUGCACACGUUGAAGGAUUGCUGCGUCGGGAUUAUUUAAUAUUUCCUCAUUAUCGAUAUUAUGUUCGGGAGAUGCGAAUUCUCGCAUAUACACAGUUAUUGGAAUCUUAUCGGUCUUUAACCCUCCAAUAUAUGGCUGAAGCAUUUGGUGUCACAGUGGAAUACAUCGAUCAAGAAUUGUCACGCUUUAUAGCAGCAGGCCGACUGCAUUGUAAAGUUGAUCGAGUUGGAGGUGUUGUCGAAACGAAUCGACCAGACAGCAAGAAUUGGCAAUAUCAAGCAAUGGUGAAGCAAGGAGAUCUUCUGCUCAAUAGGGUGCAGAAAUUAUCGCGCGUUAUUAAUAUUUAAUUUCAUAUAUUUUGUAUAAUCAGAGAAUAUAUACUAUUGUCUUAAAAACUGAUCAAGAUCGUCUAUAUGAGUAUUUACUAAAAUAUACUAAAAAAAUCUGUAUGUCGAGUUUUAACUCAAAUUUUAUAACAAAGAAAGCUAAAAAUAUCAUAUUUGAUUUUGUAAACAUACAUGAAUAUUCUUCGCGAAA